AUGACUCCAAGAAUAGAUUAUGAAGAGUUUGUGCACCACAUAGAGCAAGAAACAGAGUAUGAUGUUUAUGUAUUUGUUGAUUAUUAUUCAUUAGACUUAUCUAAGUAUGUUGAAAAGAGAACUGUUGAUGAGAAUGAGGGUGAGAUUGAUGAGAAUGAGGGUGAGUUUGUGUCUAAAACAGAGCAUGGUGAGAGUAGUAAAGGACCAAAUGAGGAGCCUUGUGAUAGUGAUGAUGAAUCAUAUGCUCCAAGUAGUGAUUCUGAUGUGGAUUUUGUAGCCUCAUUAGACCAUUUAAGUGAAUGGGAAGAUGAAAUGAGGGAAGUUAGGAAAGGAAACCCCAUUGCUAAGAUCCCAACCCCUAGGCAACUUCCUAAGCUUGGUAGUAAUAGGCAAGGUCAUGAAGAUGAAGAAUGUGUUAAGACAACCGUUCAUACUGAACAUGAGAAUUUCAUAAAUGAACUAAUUGAAGCCCUUAAAUCAAAGGAUGGGGAGACUUCCAAUGACCCAUUGAAACCAUCAGAACCAGAAUUGCCUAAAUUCCCAACUCAUGAUCCAUCUACACAUUGGAGAUUGAGAAGACCUCAGGUGGGUGAAUUAUAUACAAACCACAACCAAUUGAGAGAAUGUUUAUCCUAUUAUGCACUUGCUAAUGGAUACACCUUAUGGUUUGAGAGAUCUUGUAAAACCAGUUUAAUUGCAAAGUGUAAAACUAGACCCCCUAACAUCUCUGACCCAUCUAAAGGUAAACAGAGAAAGCAUAUAAGGUUCCCUGCUAAGCAACAAAAGUGCAAGUUUAGAUGUUUUGCCAGAUUGAAUAAUGAGAAGUCAUUCCAAAUAAUGUCCUUGGUUGAUGAACACACCUGUGCCAGAAACUUCAAGUAUGGUUCUUUGGUUAACUACAAGUGGAUAGGAAAACAUUUUGCUGAAAGGAUUAGAUCACAACCAGAAAUCAGGCUGUGUGAGAUUCAAAAUUUGGUUAUGAAGAAGUACAAAUGUACUAUUUCAAGUCACCAGGCUAGAAGGGCCAGAACAUAUGCCUUGACAGAAUAUGAGAAAACCUUAGAGGAGCAUUAUGGCAUGCUAAACUCAUAUGGUCAAGCCAUUUUGAAAACAAAUCCUGGUUCCACAGUACAAUUAGGCAUUACAACCAACCCUGAUGGUAAAACAUACUUUGACAGAUUUUACACAUGUUUCUAUGGGUUGAAACAGGGUUGGAGGUUUGGGUGUAGAAGGGUUGUGGCAUUGGAUGGUUGUUUUCUGAAGAAGCCAUUAAGUGGAAAAUUGUUAACUACAGUUGGAAGGAAUGGAAACAACCAAGUAUACCCAAUUUGUUGGGCUAUUGUCAAUGUAGAAAACAAACAUAACUGGACAUGGUUUCUGCAGUUGUUAAGUCAUGAUCUUGAUUGCCCAGAUGGUGCAGAAUUAACUCUAAUAUCAGACCAACACAAGGGCUUAAUUGAGGCUGUGAAGGAUGUUAUGCCUAGAGCAGAACACAAGCAAUGUGCCAGGCACAUUUAUGAAAAUUUCAGGAAGCUUUACAGUGGUGUGGAGUUCAGAAACCUCUUUUGGAAAGCUGCCAAGUCCACAUAUAUGGCACAGUAUGAGGCUGCUAUGCAAGAAAUUAAGGUAGCUAAUCCUAAUGCCUAUAAUUAUUUGAUUGAAAGGAAUCCCAAAUCUUGGUGUAGGGCAUUUUUUGAGAUACAUAGAGGAUGUGAGGCAGUUGAAAAUGGCUUUAGUGAGUGUUGGAACAGUGUGUUGUUGAAAAUUAAGAACAAACCUAUAAUAACUUUAUUAGAAGCAUUAAGGGUUAUUGUCAUGAUUAGGUUGGAGUCAAUGAGGGAUAUAAGUGAAAACUGGGAGCAUGAUGUGUGUCCUACAAUUAGGAACAAAUUAGAACUUAUCAAGAAAGAUAGGGCAUGUGGGUUGGUGAUACAUGCAGGUGAUAAUAUCUUUGAGGUGAGAAUGCACAAUUAUUCUUAUAGUGUCAGUUUAGAUGAAGGAAGUUGUACACGUAGAAUGUGGGAAUUAAGUGGAAUUCCAUGUAUCCAUGCAAUUGAAGCUAUAUACAAGUGUAAUAGGGAUCCAGAGGAGUACAUCUCUUGCUGGUUCAGGAAGGCCAAUUACAUACAAGCAUAUAACAAGACUGUGUAUCCAGUGGGUGGGAUGGACACAUGGCUAACAGUUAAUUUGCCCAAACCAUUGCCCCCAAAGUCUAGAACUAUGCCAGCAGACCUAAGAAGAAGAGGAUUAGAGCUGCACAUGAACCAAAAGUUGGGUCAACCAAAGUUACAAAACAUGGAAUGGACAUGCAUUGUAGGAAUUGUUGGGCAGUGGGCCACAAUGCUAGGACAUGUGAUUCUGAACUAAAAGAAAGACCAGCCCAUUUACCAAAGCCUCAUCAAAAACAACCAAGCACUUCUGCAAAUCAACCAAGCACUUCUGCAAGAAAAUCAAACACUUCCACAAGACCACCAAAGCCUGCACACCCAUCUGCAAGUCAACCAAACCCUGCACACCCUUCUGCAAGCCAACCAAACCCUGCACACCCUUCUACAAGCCAACCAAACCCUGAAAAAACUUCUGGAAGUCAACAAAACCCUUCUGAAAAUAGACCACUCAGUCCAGGCAAAGGAGGCCACAAGUUUGUCACUUCCAGUUCAUCAAUUGAGCAUCAUGAUUCAUCUUCAGUCAAUGUUGCUGCCAAGACCAAAGCAAUUCAUAAGAUUGGAAGAAGACCAACUGCUACUGGGACAGUCAGCACCAAACCAUUCUCAACACCAAGACUAGCAGCUACUGGAACAAGUGCAAGCCAAUCACCAAAUAAGAUUAGGAAGGCCAAGGAAUAUGUCAAGACUAGGACCCCAAGUCAGAGGGCCUUAAGACAAAAAUUGCAAAGAAUAGUGCCUGGACCAGGGUUGACUGAGGAUGAUCUUGUGACUCUCUUAUAGAUUGAUCCAACUUUGUUAUGUAUUUAAGAUAAACUAGUGAAUAUUUGGGAUGAACUUGUCAUAUCUUUUAGGAUGAACUUGUCAUAUUUUUUGUUUGCAGUUUGUACUACAACUGAUCAUGUCUUUUGGUUGUGAAUGACAUAUCCCUGGUUAUGGUAUUUUGGCAA